GUGCCAGAGGAGGCCAAUUAUGAGGUGGUCCCUGUGGAGGCCUAUGGGCUGGCCAUGCUGCGGGGCAUGGGCUGGAAACCUGGCGAGGGCAUCGGUCGCACCUUCAAUCAUGAAGCCCGUGUCAACUCACUGAGGCCCAAGGGAUUAGGGCUGGGUGACCUGACCGAGGCCCAGACCUUGACCCCUACCGGCCCCUCCCACAUGCCAAGGCCAGAUGAGCAAGGGAAGGAUAAGGAAGAUCAGCCUCAAGGGUUGGUGCCGGGAGGAGCUGUAAUGGUUCUUUCUGGCCCUCACCGAGGCCUCUAUGGGAAGGUGGAAGGCCUCGAUCCUGACAAUGUUCGGGCCAUGGUUCGUCUGGCUGUGGGGAGCCGGAUGGUGACUGUCAGUGAGUACUGCCUACGGCCAGUCUCCCAGCAGGAAUUUGACAAGAACGCCUUGGAUCUCAGGCAACAGAACAGAACUGCCUCAUUACAGAAGACCCUCCGGAAUCAAGAACUCCACAUCCAGCAGGACAACUCAGAGAGGAAGCGGAAACACCUUCCAGGCCGACAGAAUGGGCUUACAGCCAAGAUUGAGAAAGCAGCCCCCAGGAGUCGGCACUGGCUGCACAGGGACCUGCGGGUGCGGUUUGUGGACAAGAUGUACAAAGGCGGCCAGUAUUAUAACACCAAGAUGAUAAUUGAAGAUGUCCUAAGCCCAGAUACCUGUGUAUGUCAGACAGAUGAAGGCCGAGUCCUGGAAGGCCUGAGGGAAGACAUGCUGGAGACACUGGUUCCCAAGGCAGAGGGCGACCGUGUGAUGGUGGUGCUGGGCCCACAGGCUGGAAGGGUGGGACAUUUGCUGAGCCGGGACAGAGCACGGAGCCGGGCUUUGGUGCAACUGCCAAGAGAGAAUCAGGUGGUGGAGCUUCACUACGAUGCUGUCUGCCAGUACACGGGCCCUAGUGACACAGAUGAAGACUGACCCAUGGGACUCCUCCCAUCCCCUAGGCUGUUACCAGUUCUGUACAGUAUGAGGAAGUUGCCUUCAAGAAGGUGGGAAGAUCAUUGUUCCAUCCUCUACUUCUAGUGCAGUUCUGGGACAAGGACAAGGGACAUGGAUGGAUGAACCAGUAGGGAAGCUAGAAACAAACCCAAUAUUUACCAGAAUUUAGGGUAUAAUAAAAACCAUUUCGGACACUUAAUAGAAAGAUGUAGCAGGCUAGGCACGGUGGUUCACGCCUGUAAUCCCAGCACUUUGGGAGGCCGAGGCGGGUGGAUCACGAGGUCAGAAAUCGAGACCAUCCCGGUCAACAUGAUGAAACCCAUCUCUACUAAAAAUACAAAAAAAUUAGCUGGGCACGGUGGCGCGUGCCUGUAAUGCCAGCUACUCAGGAGGCUAAGGCAGGAGAAUUGCCUGAACCCAGGAGGCGGAGGUUGCGGUGAGCUGAGAUCGCGCCAUUGCCCUCCAGCCUGGGUAACAAGAGUGAAACUCCGUCUCAAAAAGAAAAAAAGAUGUCUCUAGCACUGCUCAGAGGGCAAAUUUUAAAACUAAGUCUGGGUGAAAGAUUUGCUAGUUUUACAGAAAGAUUUGUUAUCUUAAACUCAAGCUGGUUUUUCUAUUUUCAUGUAAAUGACUGGGAUGCUGUCUUAUAAAAUCUUCCAAGUUCA